UUUUAGAUUGUUAUGUUAAAAUGGAAAUAAUAACAAUUUUCCAUUUAUAUAUGUAUAUAUUAUUAUUUUUCUUAUUAUGUAGAAAUAUCUGAGCUUAGAAAAACAAAAAAAAGAAUCAGGCGAAACUUCUGACAAGUAUGAUUUAUGGAUGCUGUAAACCUGUAAACAUGAGUCAUAAAGGUUAUGAAAAACGUCAAUAAGUCACGUUGCGUCGUGGACUCUAGGCGGUGACAGUUAAUGAGUUAAUUCCCGGUUCUUCACUUCAAUAGAUUUAAUAAAAAAUAUAAAUAUCUGUCUUUGGUCUGAUUAUUAUUAAAAUGUUUACGGAUAAGUCCUUCGACCCAGUUGGCUUUAGUUCACAAACGUCUUCUGAGAAGUCAGGAAAGUCGAAUAAUGUACAAACUGACGUGGUAGUUUACGACGAUGGUUCUUUUCAAAGUACAGAAAAAAAGAGUGUUGAGACACAAACACUGACAGAACCUAAGAAAACUCCUGAAUUCGACUAUGCAAGAUUAGCAGCAUUCUUGAAACGUGUUACUCCAGGAAUUUUGGAAGCACUUGACGAAACAUAUGGCACCAAUGCCUUUGAAGAUUACAAUCCAGCAACUACCAGUGAAUCAUUUUCUGCAGUUCAAUGCCUCGCAAAACUCAACACUUGGGAAAACCCAGACUUCAAGACAAAAAUAAGCGGCCUAACAUGGAGUACUGGUGGUGGAUCACUCGGCUUAUCGUAUAGCGUUACGUUCCACGAGAAUUGGUGUGAUCACCUCUCAAAAAUAAAACUUUACUAUUUUACAAGAGACAACAAAUUUCCCUCAGCACCCAACAAAGUUUUGGAAGUCAAUUCUUGCGUUACGUCUCUUUUGUAUCAUCCAAGCGAACCUUCAAUACUCGCCGCUGGCUUAUUCAAUGGUGACGUAUUGGUGUGGAAUCUUCGGGAUGACAUGUCAGUGACACCAGUCCAAGUUUUCGCCCAUGGUGAUUAUGUAUCCCAGUUGCAAUGGCAAACAAAGAUUGUCGGUGAUGCAUCCGUUUUGGUUUCUGCAAGUGCGGACGGCUACAUUUUAAUCCACAAACUUCUGGCGAAUUUCACAACAGUUAAUUUACACAAAAAAUUCAAAGUAGCUAAGGAACACAAUCCAUCCGAAAAUGCAAGACCACGAAGUGCAGGAGGGAAUCGAGAACGUGCGGUUGAAGCUGGACUAACCAUCACCAGUUUUGAUUUUUCUUCCAAGGAUCCUUCUCUUUUCAUUGUGGGGACUCUCUGUGGAGGAAUUUACAAAUGUAGUAUUGACCAAGCAGUCUCAGUAGAAGGUGAUGAAUCCAUUUUAGAUCCAGUCAUUAGUGAAUAUAAUAGAUAUGAAGGCAGUGUCAUAAGUGUAAAAUGCUCGCCAACUCGGAAUCGUUUCGUGACUAGUGGCACAGAUAAAGAAAUCAGAAUUUAUGAUUUUGAUCAAGCCGCUAGCCAGAAAAUUAUAAGCCUAGAAAAUACAGUGAUUGGUCUGUCGUGGUGUGUUGGAAAUAAGGAUGUUUUUGCAGCGUAUGGUGCGACUUCCAUUGUAGGAUUUUAUAAUAUUACUACUGGCAAUGCCUUACCAAAUGUAAUACUAAAAUCGGAAAUUAGAGAAAAUACUAGCAGCUUAAGCUUUAAUUCCAAGAGAGAUCUGGUCGCUGUGGGAGACACUCGAGCACUACUCGAAAUUUGGAAAAUUCCUCGAUACUAUUCCUAGGUUUUAGAAAACGGUAUUUAUUUUUUGCACUACGUUCCAUGCUCAAUAAAAUGGAUAUUUCCAAUAUGUUAACUUGUGAAUGAUUUAAAAGCCAGUGACCUCCGUAUUUUACUCGGGGCGUGGGAGUAGUUUUGGAAUGUCUAAGCAUAUUAUUCGACUCUCACUGCCGGAACAGCAAUGCUGUGGCAUGACUCGAAAUAGACGCUUGAGAUGAAAAAGGAAUGAGAUACGGUCUCGUCUCUUUUGAGAAUCUAAGUUGGCUCAUCUUUUCCACUGCAAGAAUGCCAAGAAGGCUACAACUUAUGAACACAAAUAUCUGAUAAACACAUUAGAAAAAUUUUCCAUAAUAAAUAUUCAGAGGAAGUC